AUGCCCACAAAGAUUCAACAGACAGUGGAGCAAAUGUUUUCCUCAGAUGAUUGUGGAAUACUAGAAAAACUUCAAGAAUCAAUGGAUAAGACCACUCAAUUAUUGGAAGAGAAGUUGCCGAUAUUAACCCCCAUUGAUAGGCCAUCAUCGCUGAAAGAUUUAAUGGCAUCUACAGGCAAGGUAACAAUUGAAGGAAAAAAGUCAACUAAUUUAUCCCGACCUGAUGUCAAGAUCCGAAGGCUUAAUCAUAAGAGAUUGACUCAUGGACACCACAGAAGCAAAAGGAUUGCACCAUUAGUGAUUUGGGGAGGAACAGCAUUACUCACCUCAGCAGGAGUUGCAAUCUAUAAUAGAGCAGAUAUUGAGAUAGAGAAGUCCCACAUGAACAACCUCUUAAAAAACCAGGAAACAUUGGAACAAUAUGCAAAAACUACUAGAGAGACCGUAAACCUACUUAUUGAUAGGGAGGAAAGUUUAGUCAUGGCCGUAAACAAUAUUAAGGAAAAGAUUAAUGAGAUCAUAAAAGAUUACACUUGUUUAAAAAAGGAUUUUUCCACUUAUAUGGACUAUAUGGUAACAUGGUCAAACAUCGCGCCAAACUCAUUUCUACGAGCAGUAAAUGGAGCUCUAGGAGGAAAACUAACUAUAGAUUUACUGCCUGGAGAUCAGCUGCAAAGAGUCAUGCAGUACUACCCAGAGUUUGCAGAUACUAUCUUUCAAAAAGACCCUCUCAUGAUGUAUCAGUCUGCAAGAGUUAAGGUGCUAAAGAUCUCAAAAAAUCCACCAAUGUUAGAGACUAUAGUUUCUGUUCCUAGAGUAUUAUAUCCUGUGUUUGGAUCUGUAUACGCUCAAAAAGCUUGUCCAUGGAAGAUCAAUAAUACCAUUGUAACUAUUAAAGAACAAACAAUUAAAAUACUGUCUGCUGAAACACAUUCAUGGUAUUCUAUGAAGGGAUGCAAUGGCAUGGAUAACACCUACUUAUGUGAUAUGAGAGAAAUGAUCCACACUCCCGAGCACUGCCUUAGUCUGGAUGAAAAACCGGACCUUACCAAAUGUCCCUUGGUUGAGGUAGAUUCAGACUUUGAUAAGACAGUGGAGCAAAUGUUUUCCUCAGAUGAUUGUGGAAUACUAGAAAAACUUCAAGAAUCAAUGGAUAAGACCACUCAAUUAUUGGAAGAGAAGUUGCCGAUAUUAACCCCCAUUGAUAGGCCACCAUCGCUGAAAGAUUUAAUGGCAUCUACAGGCAAGGAAACAUUGGAACAAUAUGCAAAAACUACUAGAGAGACCGUAAACCUACUUAUUGAUAGGGAGGAAAGUUUAGUCAUGGCCGUAAACAAUAUUACGGAAAAGAUUAAUGAGAUCAUAGAAGAUUACACUUGUUUAAAAAAGGAUUUUUCCACUUAUAUGGACUAUAUGGUAACAUGGUCAAACAUCGCGCCAAACUCAUUUCUACGAGCAGUAAAUGGAGCUCUAGGAGGAAAACUAACUAUAGAUUUACUGCCUGGAGAUCAGCUGCAAAGAGUCAUGCAGUAA